ACCCCAAGCAAGCAUCCCAUCAAGUUUUCCCCUGGCCCUAAUUCUGGAUUCUGAAGACCGAAUAGAUCUUCUCUCCGGCUGUACCAUCAAUUCGGCGCGCGCACGUGGACUAAAUUUCUUCCUCCCCGCCUGCGCCGAUCCCCACAACAACGCCAGCUAGAGGUUAGCAAGCAGGAAGACGGACAGACAGAGACGGAAAAAUGCCGAACUCUUCAACCCCAACCGCCAUCUCCGCACCGGGCAAGGUGCUCCUCGCGGGCGGCUACCUCGUGCUGGACCGGAACUACACGGCGCUUGUGUUCGGGCUGAGUGCGCGCAUCAACGUCAUUGCUCAGAAGAUCGAGACUAGCGAGGGCGUUCAGCUGUCGGAGAUUGUCGUUAUCAGCCCUCAGUUCCUGGAGAGCCAGUGGCGGUACGGGUAUCAUUUGGCGGCUGCCGAGGGCGGGUUCAAGGUUACACAAUUGCACGUUGGCCAAACGAUAAACCAAAACCCCUUCGUUGAGACCGCCCUCUCCUACGCCCUAACCUACAUCUCAUACUCAGCGCACCACCUCCCCACCCACACCAUCACCGCCUCUCAGCUCACUAUCCUAGCGGACAACGACUACUACUCCCAGUCGGAUUCCUCUCAACCCGGCGACAAGAAAAUCCCCAAUCGCUUCGCCAAAUUCCCCACCAACCUCAAGGACGCCCACAAAACCGGCCUCGGUUCCUCCGCUGCUCUGGUGACAGCCCUCACCGCCGCGCUGCUUUCGCACUACUUACCACCAACCGUCUUCGACAUAAACACCCUCCACGGAAAACGCACCCUGCACAACCUCGCCCAAGCCGCCCACUGCGCCGCCCAGGGUAAAAUCGGCUCUGGCUUCGACGUCGCGGCCGCUGUCUACGGGAGCUGUCGGUACCGGCGUUUUAGCCCCUCGAUUCUUGUAUCUCUGCCCGAGCCGGGUGCCCCAGGUUUCGCGCCCGCGCUGUUGAAGCUCGUGGAUGAUAAGGAAGGUAAAAUAUGGGACGUCGAGAUCGAAAAGGAGGGAGUACGGCUGCCUCCUGGAGUGACGCUGAGGAUGUGCGAUGUGGAUUGCGGGACGCAGACGGUGGGCAUGGUGAAGCAAGCCCUCGCGUGGCGGGCGGCGCAGCCGGAGAAGGCGGGGAAAUUGUGGGAUUCACUGCAGGAGAGGAACGUGGCGCUAGGCAAUGUCCUGGCCGAAGGAAACACAGAGCAAAUUGUAAGUGCGGUGAGUGCGAUUAGGGAGUUAAUCCGGGCCAUGGGCACGGAGAGCGGGACGCCCAUUGAGCCCGAGGCGCAGACGGCGUUGUUGGAUGCGUUGGCUGAGGUGGAGGGCGUGUAUAAUGGGGUUGUUCCCGGGGCGGGCGGAUUCGACGCCGUGGCAUUGUUGGUGAAGGAUGACGAGGGGACGGAGGGGAGGGUGAAGGAGUGUGUGAGGAAUUGGGGAGAGGAGAGAGGGGGAAGGGUCAGGUUGUUGGGGGUUAAGGGGGAGAUGGAGGGGGUUAGGCGGGAGGAGUUGGGGAGUUAUGAGGGUUGGUUGGCAUGA